AUGACCGACUACUACGAACCUACACUUUUGUUCAGGCAAAACGCCUUAAGAAGAUACUGUCCAAGUCUUUCCCCAAUUUCGAGUGUAGAAACCUUGAGCUCCAGUAUCUUGACAAAUGAAAACAUUAAGGGAAAUGUAUCUUCUUGGAUGUUCAAUAGUGCCAAUCCUAAAGAUACAGAGGUGUUGAACCAGUCCUGUUCCUUGAACAGAAUGAAUAUCAAGUCUAACUACUGGAAGAUCCCAGACACUAAUAUGAACCUUACGGCAAUGGCCAUCACAGACACACAUACCGACAACCCGUUAUUUUCUGUGUCGAGUGCCAACAAUGAGUCCAACUUGUUCAUCUAUGAAUUGGAUCUUCUUGGCAAUUAUUUGACCCACCACAACACAAUCAGUCUUCCAAAUAUCAACGGAAUGAAAUGGUUACCAAAUAGCAAUAGGCAUUUGGUCACUGGCAAUAGCAAAGGCUAUGCUCAUUUAGUUUCCAUCCCUGAAGUAAACAGAACGGGCAACGAAGAUUCUGAAGAACAAUCGGCCGAGAUCUGCAAGAGAUUCAACCACAGAAAGCACAUCAAGAGCAAACAAGACAUCAACAAACAUAGUACAAUUUCCAAACUCGAUUUCAUGAAUAACGACAACAGCAGCCUCCUUUCCAUUUACAACAACAACCUCUUCUACUGGGACAUGAAUGAUGCCGAAGCCCAAAGAAGACCUACUCCAAUAUCCAUAUCGUCCAUAUCUGGUCUUGCCAAUUUCGACCCAUUACCUACUCACAAUGCCAACUUGGUAGGAAUUUGCGGUAAGUUUGGUGUCUCUUUGUUUGACUUGAGACAGCCCAAGUUCACUGUUCCUCCUUCCAUUUUGGAGUAUGCAUCCAAGAAGAAAUUAGGUGCAAACCAAAUGAGAUGGAAUCCCAACAAUGAAAAUGUUUUUGCAGCAGCUCACAGAGAUGGAGUUGUACGGUUGUGGGAUAUCAGAAAGCAAGACAACUUUGCCAAUUUGAGUGGACACACCGAUAAGAUCAGCAGUUUGGAGUGGAACGAUGGUGAUUUGUUCAGUGGAUCCAGAGACGGUAAUAUAGUGCAUUGGGACUUGACCAGUGAUUUAAGUGCCAACAACCAAUUCAUGAACUGUGGAUUGAAAGAAGGCUUGGAUAGCGUUCAUUUCAACCCACAUAUGAACAGGUUGGAGAGAGCCAUCAACGAAAGACAAUGUGGUACAGUUUUGCCAGCUUCUAACACCAACAUCAUAAGCAUGUGUUCUGUAACCGGCAGUGACAAUUCUAAAGACGACAUGAAAGUGCUAUCUAUCGAUGGUAGUUCGUUCUUUGGUGUGCACUCCAAGAUAUUCGAUGCUGUGAAUAUUUCCAUGACUUCAGACAAGUUGUACUAUACUGAAUCUGAUAUUCAAUUGAUGAUGAAGAGCGAGAAUUCCAACAAUACAUUAGUAGGCUCUACCGAUAGCAUCAACGAGCAAGUAACUGCUCCUCUUGCCAUUACUAGAAAGUCUACUUUGAAGGAUUUCGCUCAAGCCGCCGAUGCUGCCAGACCAUCCAACCUUUCCAAAGACACUUUGUUGGGAUCAGUUGAAGAUUUGAAAUUGGCUCCUGAGCCUAUUGUGGUGGAUGAUGAUGAUUUGAAAAUCACCAAGGAGAUUGAAGACGAUUUAGAAGAUUAUAACGAUUUCACAUUUGCUCCACCUUCGUUCAUUCCUAUACAGAAUGGCAAUGUGUCUACGUGCUCUCACGAGCUUGAUAGUGAAGAAGACAGCGGGAUCUCUUCCGUCGAAUCGUCGCCUUUAAAGAGGGAAGCUUCAUUCAAGUUCCAGUUAUUGGAUUCUCUUGAUUUCGAGGAGAAGAAGUUGCCUCGUGACGAUUCGUUUAAUACUGAAAUGUUUAAUGACUUAAGAAUGGCCAGGCAGGCAUCUGUCAGAACCAUCGGGACACACUAUCGCAAUGUUUACAAUGGUUAG